CAUGCCUACAGCUGGUAACAGAAAGAAGGCUCCUGCACCUCAGAUGUCUUGUUUAACGAGUGAAUCACAUACACAGCUGGAUUUUUUACCUGACAAGCUCAGGGAAAAGCUGCUUCCUUUCCAAAAAGAUGGCAUCAGUUUUGCCCUCAGAAGAGAUGGCAGGUGUAUGGUGGCUGACGAAAUGGGGCUAGGGAAGACAAUCCAGGCAAUUGCAGUUGCGUACUUCUACAAAGAGGAAUGGCCUCUCCUGAUAGUUGUCCCUUCAUCGCUGAGGUACCCUUGGACGGAAGAGCUAGAAAAGUGGAUCCCAGAGCUAGAGCCAGAAGAAAUAAAUAUUAUCAUGAGCAAAACUGACAUCGGGAGAAUAUCAACCAGCAGAGUGACAGUUCUAGGCUAUGGUCUCAUAACCACCGAUGCAGAGACUUUGAUCAAUGCGCUGAGCAGCCAGAACUUCCAAGUCGUGAUAGUAGACGAAUCGCACUACAUGAAGUCCAGAACUGCCGCCCGCAGCAAGCUUCUCCUGCCCCUGGUACAGAGAGCCAGGCGAGCCAUUCUUCUUACAGGAACCCCCGCUCUGGGAAGGCCUGAGGAGCUUUUCAUGCAGAUUGAAGCUCUCUUCCCACAAAAAUUUGGGACUUGGAUCGAGUACGCUAAAAGAUACUGCAAUGCACACAUCAGAUACUUUGGUAAAAGGCGUCAGUGGGAUUAUAGAGGGGCAUCAAACCUUGGUGAACUUCAUCAGCUACUAAGCAAUAUAAUGAUCAGAAGAUUAAAGAGUGAAGUUUUAAGCCAGCUGCCGCCUAAAGUCAGACAGCGUAUUCCAUUUGACCUUCCACCAGCAGCUGUCAAGGAACUAAAUGCCAGCUUUGAAGAAUGGCAAAAAUUAAUGAGAGCUCCAAAUUCAGGUGCCACAGAGACGGUUAUGGGAUUGAUAACGAGCAUGUUCAAACAGACUGCGAUUGCCAAGGCAGGUGCAGUGAAGGACUAUAUCAAGAUGCUGCUUCAGAAUGAGUCUCUUAAAUUUCUGGUCUUUGCUCACCAUUUAAAUAUGCUCCAAGCGUGCACAGAAGCAGCCAUCGAAAACAAGGCUCGUUACAUCAGAAUAGAUGGAAGUGUUCCAUCUUCAGAAAGGAUUCACCUGGUUAAUCAAUUUCAGAAGGACCCCAAUACUCGUGUGGCUAUCCUGAGCAUUCAGGCUGCUGGCCAGGGUUUAACAUUUACUGCUGCAAGCCACGUUGUCUUUGCUGAGUUGUAUUGGGACCCUGGACAUAUCAAACAAGCUGAAGACCGUGCUCACCGAAUUGGACAGUGCAGCUCUGUGAAUAUUCACUACCUUAUUGCAAACGGUACUCUCGACAGCCUAAUGUGGGCAAUGCUGAAUCGAAAGGCUCAGGUCACUGGCAGCACCCUGAAUGGCAGGAAGGAGAGACUCCAGGCCACAGAAGAUGACAAGGAAAAGUGGGGUUUUCUGCAGUUCGCGGAGGCGUGGACCCCAAGUGACAGUUGUGAAGAGCUCAGCAAGGAUGCUGUGUUCACUCAUUUUGAAAAAGAAAGACAACAUGAUAUUCGAUCAUUCUUCUCACCAAAACCGAAAAAGAGACAGUUGGAAGCAUCCUGUGAUGAGUCAGAGGCAUUCAAAGAGACGACAGUGGUGGCCUCUGACCCUAGAGCAGUGGCUGCAAGUGAUAACAAAAAUGGUUUUGGAUCUGAGCCUAAAAGAUGGAAGUCACUGGGCACCAAGGACCACAGCAGUGCCCUGGAGGGGAGACCAUCCUUGCAAGCCAGAUCCAUGGACGAUGUCCAUGAGGUCGCAUCCCCACUGAUCUCCCCAGCCCCUCCCAAGAAGGGGUGGCAGUGUGCCUUCUGCACAUUCAUCAACAACUCAGUCCUUCCCUACUGCGAGAUGUGUGAGAACCCUCAGGGCAGAACUGAGCAGUUGAACAAUUCAGGCACCCUUCCUGUGUGGGAGACCUUCAUGUUUUGUGCAAGUAGGAACACAGACCGGAUCCACCUCUACACCAAGGAUGGAAAGCCGAUGAGCUGUAAUUUCAUUCCUUUGGAUAUAAAACUAGACCUUUGGGAGGACUUACCAGCAAGCUUUCAACUAAAACAGAAUCGCUCACUGAUUUUGAGGUUUGUCCGAGAGUGGACUAGUCUGACUGCCAUGAAGCAGAAGGUGAUCAGGAAAAGUGGGCGGCUGUUCCACAGCCCACUCCUGGCCUUGGAAGAGAUCACAAAACAACAGGCCAGAGAGAACAGUGCUAAGAGAUAUAUCACUAAAGAAGAUGUUGCCACGGCCUCCAUGAAUAAGGUGAAAGCUGAUGGCGGCCACAUCCGUCUGAUCGCCAGGGAAUCCAGGACACAGGACCCUUCUAAAGAAAAGCUUGACAGAGCCUGUGUCCCGUCUCUGAAGCCCUGUCCGGCUGACCCCACCGUUGAGCCAACCUCAUCCAAAGGCUACAUUCAGGCCGUGGAUAAGGAAGGGAGGCCACUCUGUCUCCGCUGCCAGCAACCCACCUGCCAGCCUGAGCAAGGGCUCAGCGCCUGGGACUCACGGUUCUGCUCCCAGAAAUGCCAGGAGGAAUUCUGGAUCCGAUCCAGUAACAGUUACCUGAGGGCCCAGGUGUUUGCGACAGAACAUGGUGUGUGUCAGCUAUGCAGGGUGAAUGCACACGAACUCUUUCUUCGGGUAAGAGAUGCUCCUAAAAGUCAGAGGAAGAAUCUUCUAGAUGCUGCCUGGACUGCAAAGCUCCCAUUGGAGCAGCUAAAUGAGAUGCUGAGGGACCCAGCAGAAGGCCACUUCUGGCAGGUGGACCACGUCAAGCCAGUGUAUGAGGGAGGAGGACAGUGCUCCCUGGACAACCUGCAGACUCUCUGCACGGUGUGCCACAAGGAGAGAACUGCACAGCAAGCCAAGGAAAGGGUUCAGGCGAGACGACGCUCCCUGGCACUGAAGCACGGAUCAGACAUCACUCGGUUCCUGGUAAAGAAGUAGACAGAGCAGAUGGCCGGCAGGGAGAGGGAUUCCACACUGGAGCAGAUGGCCUGCAGGUAG